AUGGAAGAGCCUAGUGAUGUGAAUAUGUCUGACGCACCAAAUGGAGAGGAAGCUCCUUUCGGUUUGUCAAAAGACGAAUGGAAGUUUUAUCAAUUUGUUCGCAGUUCUUUAAAGGGCGUCAAGUUCACCGACCGUCCUGAAGAUAUGGACGUUCAAGCAGCUUAUUUAGCUAUGAAUGCAUUAUUAAAGAAGUUCGUUCUAAAAAUCAAUGAUCAGAAUGCUUUAGAAGUGAUCCAAUUAAAUGGUGAAAAUAUGCUAAAAGCAAUCGACCUUCGAGACGCAGAAAAAGCAAGCAAGCUGACUGACGAUGCACGAAUUGUGUAUAAUACCAUUCGAGCUGCAGGAAAUAAUGGUAUUUGGACCAAAGAUUUGAAAAAGAAAACCAAUUUGCAUACCAUUGUCUUGAAUCGUACAUUAAAAUCUUUGGAACAAAAGCAGGAAAUCAAAGCUGUCAAACAUGUUAAAUAUCCUACUCGAAAAAUCUAUAUGCUGUAUAAUUUAACUCCUUCCAGUGAAGUUACUGGUGGUGCCUGGUAUACAGAUCAAGAAUUAGAUAUAGACUUCAUUGAUAGUUUGAAGGCUGCUUGUUUGAAAUAUAUUACUUCAAGAAGUUUCCCUCGUAUUGAAGGUAUCAAUGAUGCUGUCUUUGGUGCUGAUCAUGAGCAUUAUCCAACUGCUACUGAAGUCAGACGCUUUAUUACAGAAUCUCGCAUCUCAUCCAUUGAUUUAUCUGUGAAAGACAUUACGAGUUUAUUGGAUGUGUUAGUGUACGAUGGUGUUGUGGAAAAAAAGCUUCCUUUUAUGGCAGGCAUGGAAGAUUUCAGUGACGAUGAAGAUGAAGGCGAAGACACAUCUGUUCAAUGGUCUUAUAAAGCCAUUAGAAAGGUUGCUAGUCGUUUACCGACUGAAGCAUUGACAGAAACGCCUUGUGGUAAAUGUCCUGUUUUUAGCUUUUGUGUGGAAGAUGGUCCAAUCAAUCCUUUGAACUGUGAAUAUUUCAAAACAUGGUUAGAUUGGUAA